UAUAUACACACUCACACAUUUACUUCUUCCCCAAAAAACUCGUUCUUCACCUCCAACCCUAAAUUCACACACACACACACACACUACAAAACCUCUCAAUUUCACACCUUUUUUUUAUUUUAUUCUAUUUCUAUAUUAGAUCUAAACAAAACAAAAAAAAAAAAACACAUAAAAUUUACCUACAUCUUUCUUUACAUUGCUGAAUUCCGUACACAUUUUUCUUUAAAUUUUGUUCGAUCUAAUCACUAAUUUUGCUUUUAUUAUUAUUAUUCACGUAAUUCUGUUAGAUCUGGAAUUUAGCUACUAAUUUAUCACAACUCAUCAUUUGAUUUAUUAUAUAUAUAGAUAUAGAUAUAGAUAUAUAAGUAGGUAGUGUUUAGUUACAAUUGAUACAUAUAUUUAAAAAUUAUAUCUAUUAUUAGAUUAGAUAUAUAUAAUUGAUUUAAAUUAAUGUAUAUGGCAAUGCAACCAGGGAAUAUGGUGAUAUCUGAUAAAAUGCAGUAUCCGAGUGGCGGUGCGGUUAUGCCGACCGUCGCAGGGAGUGGGACGGGGUGGUAUGGGGAUGAAAGGGAUGGGUUUUUAAUGUGGUUAAGGGGGGAAUUUGCUGCUGCGAAUGCGAUUAUCGAUUCGUUGUGUCAUCAUUUGAAGAGUGUAGGUGAACAAGGGGAGUAUGAUGGGGUGAUAGGGUCUAUACAACAAAGGAGGUGUAAUUGGAACCCUGUGUUGCAUAUGCAACAGUAUUUUUCGGUGGCUGAGGUGUUUAACGCGUUGCAGCAGGUGACGUGGAGGCGGCAACAACAGCAACAGCCACAGCGUCGUGGGGGCGGUGGUGGUGGGGUUUAUGAGCCGGUGAAGGGUGUGGGAUCAGGGAAAGAGUAUAAGAAAUCGAGUGGUGUUGGGUUUAGGCACGGAAAUGGGCAUGGGCAGGGUCAUAGAGUUGAGAUACCUUUGAAAGAUGGCUAUAAUUCGAGUGUUGAAUUUAAGAGUCCCCGAAAUGUUGUGAUUGAAGUUCCAAAAUCUAAUGAAAAAUUUGAACUUUCCAAGUAUAAUGCUGCAGGUUUAAACUCAAAAUCUCAAAUAGACAACAAUGCUAAGAGCAUGGACUUGAAAUCAGCUUUGUCCGAGGGUCUAGAAUGUGAGGUGAAAGAAAAUCCCAACUCAAAAGGAUGCGCUAAUGCACAUUUGGAGAAUAAUUUAUCUUCUAUGGAAACUCCGCAGCAGAAGCCAAAUAUUUUAGCUAUUUCAAAAACUUUUGUUGCUACUGAGACGACAGAUGGAAAAACGGUUAAUGUGGUUGAUGGACUGAAAAUGUAUGAAGAAUUAUUUGAUGGUUCUGGAGUUAAGAAGAUGGUUAGCUUGGUAAAUGAUCUGAGGGGUGCAGGAAAACGGGGACAAUUUCAAGGACAAACAUUUACUUUACUAAAGAGACCCAUGAAAGGUCAUGGAAGAGAGAUCAUUCAAUUUGGCUCACCUGUUGUGGAUACUACUUUUGAUGAUGAAGCCAUUAGUAAACCCUCCAAAGAUCGGAAAAUAGAACCCAUUCCAAGUUUGUUUCAAGAAUUUAUUGAAAGGCUAAUGACCAUGCAAAUUCUGACAGUGAAGCCAGACUCAUGCAUUAUUGAUAUCUACAAUGAGGGAGACCACUCGCAGCCUCAGUUGUGGCCACAUUGGUAUGGAAGGCCUGUAUGUGUUUUGUUCUUGACAGAAUGUGACAUGACUUUUGGUAGAGUGAUAGGAUUCGAUCAUCCUGGGGAUUACAGGGGUUCUGUUAAGAUCUCUCUCACUCCUGGAUCAAUGCUUGUUAUGGAAGGAAAAUCUGCUGAUUACGCUAAACACGCCAUUCCCUCGAUUCGGAAACAACGCAUACUUGUAACAUUGACCAAGUCGCAACCUAGGAGAGCUACACUGGCUCCACUAGCACCCCCAUCCCACUGGGCAUCUCCCCCUAGUAGGUCCCCAAAUCACGUGGGGCCCAAGCACUAUGUCCAAGUUCCAACAACCGGUGUUUUACCACCUCCAAAUGGUAUCCAGCCUAUAUUUGUUCCAGCUGCUGUUGGUGCACAAGCCAUGGCUUUCCCGGCCGCACCCGUGGGUUCAGGAUGGGCGACAGCUGCUCCUCUGAGGCAGCAUGCUCCACCUGGCACUGGAGUCUUCCUUCCUCCAGGUGGCAAUUCUGCAUCUGUGGAACCCUCUACUGCAGAAAAGGAGAAUGGUACAGGAAAGCAUGAUAAUGGUGAGAAUACCACAUCCCCAAAAGAGAGUGUGGAAAAUCUGGAUGAAAAUGGUGGUAAGAAGGCGGCGGCAGAAACAUGAUGACACAAAAGUGACAAGUUAGAGCAGAAGAGCUGCUUAGGGAGACAAACAAAGAGGUGAAUUUCCUCCAGAGGCUGACCUGCAAUGGGUUUGAAGCAAAUGUAAAAGUGCAGAAGUGGGAGACUUAAUACUACGAGCAGAACAGAGCGAUGGAAGAGUUAUACUAGAGUUGGCUCUGGAAUCCUUUGUUUAUUUUUGUUGUCUUACUACGUGAACACGAACACGGAUUUCAAUUUAGCUCUAUUUACACGUCGCUUUGGUUAUGCCUA